AAGACGGCUCAAGCAAUGGAGAUUCAAGCGAUCCAAGUGGUGCCUCAAAAGCCGACUUCCCAUUCAGACUUGGCUCAAUCUGGUCAUUUGGUGCAGGGCGGUCACACCGUUGGUGGUCCACCUGUAAAACUUGCAUUUGCUGAAAAAGUUGAUGAAGAAAAGUCCAGCUUGUGGGUUCUACAUCAGGCUGCUACUGAUGGCGAUGAAGUGAGGAUAAAGAGCCUGUUGCAACAAAAGGCUGAUGCAACGCUGGCAGAUCAAUCCGGAAGAACUCCUCUUCACUAUGCAGGGCUUCAUGGCCACAAAGAUGUCUUUUCCCUCUUGGUGCAACAUGGUGCCAGUCUGCUCACUCGCGAUGAGGACAAUCGCACCGCUGUUGGCUAUUUGGAAGAUAAUUAUCCUGAUAGCUUUCGAGAUCUUCUGGUCACAGGUGUAUUGGAGGGACAUGGGAGUAUCUGGCUACAGGAGAUUCUUUGGAGAGAAGGAGCUCUGUGUGUUGAAGCAGUGGACCUGUUGGUUCAUGAUGGCUUCGUUGAGGGCGCCUGGCCACGCCGCGCUCGUUUGAAUGGCCAUUUGCGGGCAAUCCUGGCGCCGCUGGCACCCCAGUCAGCGAUCGGGAGGCGGUUCAGCGAGCGGCGAGAGACAUCUAAGGAGGCCUUUGGCGUCCUGUACAAGCACGUGGAUUUGACACGGCGCAAUUGUUUACAUCGAGCACAAGUCAAGGUAGAUCUCAAAGUAUUGCCUUUCACAGCAUCGUUGGUAUGCAGCAAAGAAAUAUUACUGGCUCUAGCAACCACUCCGAACGACCAGACCUUAUCCACGGAUGCGGUGACCGCUAUGGUCGAAGCAGCGUGGAUCCAGUUCCGCCUCUUCACAGCAGCCGACAUAUUUUUGAGCGUGGUGAACGUGCUACUGCUGUGUUACAUCUCCUUCUCCUUUAUCGAAGGAAGGCUCCUGCUUCCCUGGUCCACACAGGCGUUGUGGGCUGUCGCUGUCAUCAAUUUGAAGAAAGCGUCAGAGGUGCUUGGACGGCUUUGUGAGAUUCAACUGCAGAAGUUUUGGCGAGUGCUGAAGUGGCUUUGCCGUCCUCAGGAGGAAGUGCUCCUUGAACCAACUGCAGCACAAUCUCGUUUGCUGCGUGAGCGACUUUCACCCAGGAGAUUUCGCCAACGGUUUUUUGGUGAACGAUUGGAAAGACGGGGCAGUGAUUGGAGGCCUUUGGUUGAUUUGGACAAUUUGAUGGAUGUCUCCUAUGUGGCGGUGAGCUACUUGGCGAUUGGUCGUCAACUGAGAAGUCCCGAGACUUUAGAGAAACCUUUCAUGGCGAUGUUCAGCGCUAUGGCAUGGUUGCGGAUGCUCUAUGGUUUGCGUGGAGAAUCUUGGUUGGGCCCACGGUUUUUGCCCAUCAUUUGGGCCUUAAAAGAUACCACUGCAUUUUUCAUAGUGACUGCAGUGUGCUACUUAGCCGCGACGCAUGCAUAUUACAACUUACAACAGCAGAACGAACCAUCUCCGCAUUACGCUGCGUUUCUGACUAUUGCGAAGUUGGGUUUCUUUGGUGACUUCGACAUGGAAGAGUUGGAAGGUAUAAAUCCAUCCAUCGGGGUGAAGGAAGAGGGGCCAGGAGCUUGGGAGAUGCUGGACCCAGUGCCUGGAGAAGACUAUAUCCCAGUCCACAUCUUAUUCUACAGCGUUGGAUUAUGCUUCACCAUUUUGCUGAUGAAUUUGUUGAUUGGCGUCUUAAGUCAAAACUUCGAGAUGUAUCAGGACAGAGCCCCCGAGCUCUUCAAUCGCGCAAGGGCCAAGAUGCUGUUGGAGAUUUCGGGGAGACCUUUGGGGAAGUUCUAUGCCUUUCUGAAGAUGUCGUGCUCACUCUGCCGAAGAUCAGCAGUUUUUGCUGAGCUGCAUGAUGAUUCAUGGCAAGCUUGGUUUGCUUGGUUCUUUCUGCUUCCGGUUCGACCUCUUCUUGGAGCAAGGGCAUUCCAAGGUGCAAGAGAACACAUGACCCAAGCAAUUCACAGCAACUACGGCAUUCUAGUGGCCCUAUGUUUUUGCUUCCCUCUUCAGUGGGGAAUGGCACUUUCAAUUCUUGUGAUUAGCAUCGUUAUGAGCCUUUUCGUUGGGCCAUCAGCUGUCCGCCAUGAAAUCACUUCGUUCUUUGGCGUUUUCAACGGCUAUUUUGCUUCCGAAUGCUGGAUCUGGUAUUUCGUCCGCUUUGAUCCCUCUGACGACGAGGUCAGGAGCUCCCGCACGGCUACGAAGCACAUGCUGAAGGAGUUGCACAAGAAGCACGAGGAAAUGAACCAGAAGAUUGUGGACGAACUGAAGAAGAUCCAGGAAGCCUUAGACACAAGGUGAGGCUGCAGGAGUGAACUUUGCAGCAGUGCUUUGCUCCGCCCAUUCUGAAGGGUGAGAUUUUCCAUGGAGCGCACCAAUAAAGUGCCUCCUGCUACAGCGAUCUCAAAGACCAGGACAUCACGCACUUGUUUGGUUUUGUCCAGGAUGCUGUUUUGAUGGUUC